AUGACUCUUAAGGGUAUCACAAAAGGACGUGCUGCGGUGCUGCAGGACGAUGACACGUUGCUGGUGAUCGCGAGAGCAGUGGAUUUACGCGAUUCCAAGUGUAAAAUUGUCGCCGUGGAAAUUCUCUCCGGUCUCUGCUUCGUACCAGAAGACGGUCAUUCCAAAGUGCUCACAGCGCUAACACAGGUGUCGUCAGUACUCGGUGAACGAACACGUUUCCAAACACUCGUCAACGAAUUGCAUAGAAAGUAA